AUGGCUGCCCUCAGACCGCUCAUGAAGCCCAAAAAUCGUCAAAAAGAGGACCAAGAGUUCAUCCGGCACCAGUCAGACCGAUAUGUCACAAUUGAGCAAAACUGGAGGAAACCCAGAAGUAUUAACAACAAGGUGUGGAGAAGAUUCAAGGGCCAGAUUUUGAUGCCCAACAUUGGUUAUGGGAGCAACAAGAAGACAAAGCACAUGCUGCCCAGUGGCUUCCGGAAGUUCUUGGUCCACAAUGUCAAGGAGCUGGAAGUGCUGCCCAUGUGCAACAAAUCCUACCGUGCUGAGAUUGCUCACAACGUUUCCUCCAAGAAUCACAAAGCCAUCGUGGAAAAAGCAGCCCAACUGGCCUUCAGAGUCACCAAUCCCAAUGCCAAUCUGUACCAUAAGGAAAACGAAUAG